UUUUUCCAAAUCGCAGUUUUCUUCUCCAUUGAAUCGCCAUCACUGUAGCCCUGUAAAGCAGCUCAAAAUUACAGUGUUCCGGCACAGAGGGAAAAUCACACUGUAGGAAAAAUGACGGAGGCAAUGAUAAGGAAGAAAGCCGGAAUGGCUAGCGUGAAAGACAUGCCCUUAUUGCAAGAUGGUCCACCACCAGGCGGUUUUGCACCGGUUCGAUUCGCUCGCCGGAUCCCUAACACUGGUCCAAGUGCUAUGGCUAUUUUCCUUACUGCUUUUGGUGUUUUCUCAUGGGGUAUGUACCAAGUCGGCGUAGGAAAUAAGAAGCGAAGGGUGAUAAAGGAAGAAAAAUAUGCUGCCCGAAGGGCUAUAUUACCCAUGCUUCAAGCUGAAGAAGAUGAAAGAUUUGUUAAAGAGUGGAAGAAGUAUCUUGAAGAAGAGGCGAGAAUCAUGAAGGAUGUUCCCGGUUGGAAAGUUGGUGAAAGUGUUUACAACUCUGGGAAAUGGAUGCCUCCAGCAACUGGAGAGCUUCGUCCUGAUGUCUGGUAAGAGAUGCUGGUAAAGCUUCCAGGACAUGCAGCACGAAAAACUGGUUCAUGUCAGUGGAGGUCAUACUUUCUUUCGGAUUUCUUUCCUCAUUGGAAUAAAAUUGUAUCUGCAAAAUCUGUGCAACAUGUUUAAGAUGAUUGCUUUAACGCUAUUAGCAUUACGAGUUGGGAUCAUAAGAGACAAUGCAACUUCAUGUUUCUCUUAUAGUUGAUUCAGAUCGUUUUUUAAUGAAUAGGCGUCCUUCAUCAUCCAUCUUCUCAAUGUGUUUUCAUCCAAUUACAAUAUGGAAGUGGCUUUUCCAGUUGCCUCAAAACACUAGAGAAGCCAAAUCUAGCAGAAAUUAUCCUUGAAUGUUUCUGACAAAUAUUAAGUUAUGCUAAAGAUUGUUUUCCUAA